CAGCCGGACCCGGCGUUUCAUUCAAAAGGCGCGCAGGGUGCGCGGCCGCGGGUGCGCUCGCCGGGCCGGGCGCGGGCGUCGCGUCGUCGUUCGGGAAGUCGGGCUGCCGGGCGCUGCGUCGGCGCGGCCAGGCUCGGAGCAUCAGGGCCCAAGGAUGAAGUGGGGCCCAGUGCUCUGGCCCCUCACCUGCCUCCUGGUGCUGUCGCGCUGUUCUCUGGCCUCCCCCACAGUGCCAACCUUGUGGCAGUGCCCGCCGGGAGAGGAGCCCAGCCCGGACCCAGGUGCUCUCUGCAGGUCCUGCCCGCCAGGCACCUUCUCGGCAUUGUGGGGCUCCGAGUCAUGCCAGCCCCACGCCCGCUGUGGAGUCCAUGGGAGAUUGGAGGCCCGGGCGGGCACAGCCACUCGAGAUACACUCUGUGGAGCCUGCCAGCCCGGGUGGUUCGUCCCUUCGGAGGCCCCCCAUGUCCCCUGCCAGCCGUGCACCUGGGCGUCCCGGGGCGCUCGAGGCUGUGAUGAGCGGGUGCAGCGAGCCCGCCGGGGUGUGGAGGUGGCCCCCGGGGCCGGCGGCAGCGAGGAGACGGGGCAGCCCGGGAACGGCACGCGGGCGGGCAGCGCCGAGGAGAAGGCCACUCAGUACGCGGUCAUCGCCAUCGUGCCCAUCUUCUGCCUCAUGGGGCUGCUGGGCAUCCUGGUGUGCAACCUGCUCAAGCGCAAGGGCUACCACUGCACAGCCCACAAGGAGGUGGCGCCCGGGCCCGGGGCCGGGACCAGCGGGGUCAACCCAGCCUACUUGGCCGAGGACCCCAACGAGGACACCAUCGGGGUCCUGGUGCGUCUGAUCACGGAGAAGAAAGAGAACGCGGCGGCGCUGGAGGAGCUGCUGAAGGACUAUCACAGCAAACAGCUGCUGGCCGCCGGCCACGGGCCCGCGCCCCGGCUGCAGCCCCCCAGCUCACCGCACACCUGCCCGCACCACCACCACCUCCACACGGUGCAGGGCCUGGCCUCGCUCUCCGGCCCCUGCUGCUCCCGCUGCAGCCAGAAGUGGCCCGAAGUGCUGCUGUCCCCAGAGGCUGCUGCCGCCUCCUCUCCUGCCCCGACUAGACUCCUCCCGGGCGCGGGUCGGCCCCCCAAGGCUGGGACCAAGGCUGGACGCCAGGGCGAGAUCACCAUCCUGUCAGUGGGCAGGUUCCGAGUGGCCCGAAUUCCUGAGCAGCGGGUGAGUUCGGCCGUGCCUGAGGUGAAGACCAUCAUGGAGGCCGGGCCAUCGGCGGGGGACCUCUCCGAGCCCCCAGAGCCAGGCCUCUCUGCCGAGCAGCGGACACAGCUGGGUGGGGGCGGAAGCCACCCCAAGUGGCUGAAACCCCCCCUCGCAGAGAGCAAGGCCGAGGAGAACCGCUAUGUGGUCCGGCUAAGUGAGAGCAACCUGGUCAUCUGACGGCCUCGUCGGAGGACAUGCGGCCCCACCCCGGGGGUCCCAAGGAUUCCUAGAGCAGGGGCGCCAAGUGGGGCCUGUGAGGACCAAGAAACCAUGAGUGGCCCCACGGAUGGCACUGCAGAUGGACCCGCAGGGGCCCCGUCCAAGGUGGAGGGGCCACUCAGGGAGGCCACGGCAGGUGCAGUGCAGUAGCAGGCUGAGAGCCUUCCCGGCUCCUGCUCCCCAUUCCUCCCCUGUGGGGUGCAGCGUACAAGGGCACCCCUGACCUUGUGCCCUGCUGUGGCCUGACCUGAGGUGCCCGUGGCACACUGUGCCAACAGGUGGCUGGUUUGGACGGCAGGGAGGGGCCCCCUGGCCCAGUACCCACCUUUGCCUUGACACAGAGCAGAAAGCCGGGGGCUGGCACCCAUCCAGCAGGUUCUGCAGAGGGAAGGGGCCUCGCUGGAACCCCUUUUCUGACCAUGAGGGGGGCCUCUCCAGCUUUCUGUCCUCUGGGAGUUAGCUGUGCCGAGAGCUUGACUCCUGCCACCCGUCAGUAGCUUCGGUCCCGCGUUUGCCGCUCCCAGGGCUGCCCCCAAGGCCCCCAAGGGGUGCCCGCAGUGGGGCCUCAUGCAUGUGCCGCCGCCACGCCCCGCCAUUCCAAGGAGACUCAGCCGGGCAGGCAGUGGGGUGACACAGAGCUCAGGAGCUUUGGGGGAGAGGGGGUGACGGUGUGUGUCCCGCCUGGGCACUGCAGGCAGCUGCCCAGCCUUGCCCCGUCACUGCUCUGCUCUGCUCCCAGGUUAUUUAUGUGGGGCCGUGCUGGCGCGGGCCCAAGACCAUCCCCGUUUCUCUUAUUUAUUAAAAUGUUGCUAUUGUCCUAUC